CAACCAUCCAACACAACACCGCGACGACUACUUUACCCGCCGAUUCGUCGCGUGAUUUUACGUCUUGUUUCUGAUUGAAUCGUCGAGUGAUACAAACACCCACCACAACCCGAACUUGGCUGACGCCCUCUUCUACGCUUCCCGCCUCUCCGCCCAGAUUGGUCUCUCUCGUGCCUGGCUUGCACUUUGACUGGUCGGCCCGCGAACAAGGCUCCGAACAAGUUGACGCAACUUUUUCUUUUCUUAAACGAGGCUUCGGCAGGACACAGCACGUCGUCGCGCUUAUUACCCCGACCAACCCCCUCCUCACCUCACCAGGCUCCCGAUCUCGUCCGUCGUGUCAGCCUUCGUCUCUGCCACCACGACAACAACCAAAAAUCAUCCUAUAUAGGUCCCACAACCAGCGACCCGACACAAUGACUGAAGUAUCGUCGACCCGUCUCUACUUGGGCAACCUGCCCCGGCACGCAACCAAGGCCGAUGUGGAAGCCCACUUUGCGACUCACGGAACCGGCGAGAUUACCGAAAUCAAGCUCAUGAACGGCUUUGGUUUCAUCGAGUACAAGGAUGCCAUGGACGCCCGCGAUGUUGUUCCUGCUUUCCAUGGAUCGGACUUCAUGGGAGAGCGUCUUACCGUUCAGUUCGCCCGUGGCGCCCGUCACCGUGAGGGAGGUCCCGGUUUCACCCACGAGCGUAACAGCCAACCCAGGCCCCGACGCACGCCUCACCGGAUGCAAAUCUCUGGCCUUCCCAAUGAAACCAGCUGGCAGGACCUCAAGGACUUUGCUCGUCAGUCCGGACUUGAUGUCGUUUAUAGCGAGACUACUCGCAACCAGAACGGUGAAGGCUUCGUUGAGUUCGAAAACGCCGCCGAUCUGAGGACUGCUGUUGAGAAGCUCGACAACCGCGAAUUUAAGGGCCAGCGCGUGACCUGCGUCGCUAACACUCAACCCGACAUCCCAAGAAAUGACCACCGCGCUCGCUCGAGGUCGCCGCGUGGCCGCCCAUACCCCCCUCCCAUGGACGAUUACGACCGCCGUGGACCCCCUCCUCGCGGAUACAGCCCCCGCCGCGACGGCUACCGUGAUGGUUACCGUGACAGGUCGCCCCCACCAAGGCGCGAGUACUACGACGACAGGAGAGGUGGUUACCGCUCGCCACCCAGGCGCCCGAUCGGUGACUACCCGCCUCCCCGCGGACGUUACGAUGACCCGUACCGUGCUCCCCGCGAUUACCCUCCCGACCCGUACAUGAGCGGACGCGGAGAUGCUUACGAUCGCCGUGCUCCUCCCGUGGACUUCCCUCCGCGUGACCCGUACCCUCGCGAGCCAUACCCGCCGCGUGACUAUGGUCGUCGUUACUAGAUGCAGCCGGCGGCUCGAGAAUACGGCUUCAAGGAUUGGUUAUGGAGAUCGCGAAGUCGGCCCAAUCGGUCUUUAAGGACUCCGGACGCUGAGUUGAACUUGUCUGAAAUGAGUGAUUGAGAUUCUUGGCUCGGGGACAGUCAGGCCGAAUAGCAACAACAUGGAACACUGCCGUCUGGUGCUCCAAGAGUUGGACGAUGAUUGAUGGAGAGGCUCAUGUAACAGAUGGACAAAGGUCAUGAGAGAUGAAUGCUGAAGUAUUUCCUUGUCAUCAGACUUUUAUGUUCUUAUGGUUUGGUAAAAUGUUGGCGUCUGAGGUUUUGUGUGAUGACAGCCUGGUAUGGAAGGUUCGCGCAAGUGUAGAUUGGUGUGGUCAAUUUCGUUUCGUGUUGGAUGAAUAGCUUGAUUCUCAGCGCAUGUUACUUGCCUCUGGUUAUGUGGCUCGAGCGAAAAGAAAACGAAGAAUGGCUUUAAGGAUUAUGGCUUAUGUUAAGAUGUAUUUGUUUCCGGUAGUAGGAUUUCCAUCAAAGUUAGUCUAGUAGCG